CAGGGGUCAGACAGUGAGCAGAUCUGGGUGGUGUGCAUCACCUCACCCCCUUCACCCAGUAGUGACAGACUGGAAGAGCUUUACAGGAAGAUCAACAGAAAUAGAAAUAUGCCCUGUACACAGUGUCAGAUGGACUCCUACCGACUCCUGCGAUAUGAAGUUCCUAGUCCAGAAGUCCGGAGGGAGAUCCACAUCACGCUAUUGCAGCGUAGACAUAAUGUUGCUCCUGGGAUGUUCCUGCUGUAUCUCAGAGGGAAGCUUCUCUUCGCCGACUACAUCUGUAGUGCUCACGGCUGCUCUGUUGGGGAACUUCAAAAACAAGUGGCCAAAACCAGAAGAGAGUACCGGCUUGGCCAGUUCCUGCCUUCAGACUUUAAAUCCAGUUCACAGUUGAGGAGUGGCACUGUCCUUGGCACUGUCCUUGGUUCUUAUCCAGGGCUAAGAGAUCAAACUCUUGCUGAAGGAGGUCUGUGUAUGAAUCAGUCCCCAAAAGAUUCCCUGGAAUACACAUAACAAGUGCCAGGCAUUGGCAGGGGAAUAUUGCAGGACUUUAAGAGGCCAAGAAGACUCUCUGCAGUUCACCCUUCAGUAACCACAGUAACCUCCUGCUGCUUCUCGUGUAAACAGUAUGUUUUGAAGCGAUGAGGUUAAGCCUGAGUGCAGUGGAACCAACAAUGUCACAUUUUGUUACUGUAGCCCACUGCCGCAACAGCCCCCCAACGUGCAGCCAGCUAUG